AUGCCGGGAAGGUACCAUUAUCUGUUUCUGUUUUGUUUUUGUUUAGGAUCAAGAACUAACAUAAGUUUGGAGCAAUCCAAGUGUAACUCAAAUGAGCCACACAAUGAGUACGACAAAGAAUUAUUUGAGGCGUGCAUGAGACGGUUCUUGUACACUCGUUGCCAUGAUAGUUUUGAAUUUCUUGCCACUCUUAAGUGUGAAUCUGUGCUGGAGAUGAAGUUGAGAGUUAUCUUCUGAUAUGAAGAAAGCAACAACAUUUGUAGGAACAACA